AUGAAGCACAACACUUUCACUCUGCCCUUUUUGCAGCUGGCUGCAGCAAUCUUCGUAGGUCGUACAGAGGCAGCCCCAGUAGCCGAAGCGGCGUCUGCACUUAUCGAGCCUGCACCUAAUCCAUACGUGGAGGAGGCUGUAUCUGGUAGUGAUACGAGCACGGAGUCACUCUCUCCGCGAACCGCCAACGUGAAUCCUCACGCCAAAGACGGUUCCGGUCUCAUUCGUGCCGCCGGCAGGCAUGAUAAUUGUGUCCAUCCGGAUGGCACUUUUCGGUGUCUAAACGUCUUUAUGCCUCGGGCUCUGGGUAGUAGACCUUGGGUGGGUUGA